UCUCCCGUGCGAAUGCGGCUCUGUGGUCUCACGAAUGAAAGGACAACGCUCCCAAGACAAAAUCGAUGACAACAAGUGCAUGGCCCAGACAAGCUGCCCUUCUCUUUCUACUCUUGGCUCUUGUGUCGCCUCAUUGGAUCAUUCGGCCGUGCUCAGCGUUGUCGCCUCAUGUGAAGGAAUGGGCCGACACCAGCCAAGACGCCGUUUCCAUGUUGCUUCAAAUCGCCUACGCCGACCAUCCGUCCACGUCUUCCUUUGAUUUACACUGGGCCUUGUCCAAACUUUGUUUUCGCCCUAGAUCACUUGACACGAGCUGGACAGCUGUCCAAGAGGGGGGUUCCCGGGCUGUCCCGGCUGUCGAAGAGGAAAUUGCCCACAACCCAAGCCAUAUGAUUGCCGACGAAGCUCAGUACAUUGACGGACAGUAGUGGUUAGACAGCAUUACGACUAGCCUACUCACAACUCACAACCACAUGCACGAACUAUCCCGAUCCGAUGUCAGAUGCCUCGGUGACGAAGCAUGUACUCGAAAUAGCUCACUGCCCCACUGUGUUUUCAUCGUCUUUCGUUGAUCGACUUGAAGACCGCGUCGAUUGUAUGGCUAUGAGAUGCUCUCUCCGUUUUAACCUAUCCGUUCUGAUAGCGACCGUUUCAGUCCCGUCACCAAUGGUUCCCAGGCACGGGUGAUAGAUCCCUGGGCUCGCCGUCGACUGGAACUCUGGGGGUGCUUUAUCUCAUGCAUUGCCGCUUAGCGGAUCGUCUGUCUGGGACAUGUCGCUCUCUGAGCUCGUGUUAGCGCUGCAGAUCCCUUAACUCGCAAC